CUGGUCGAAAAUAAAACACUGUGACAUCAUCUCAGCGCGACAGUCGACCCGUCGGUUUCACCAUGGCCGAAGCUGAAUCCAAAAAGGUGAUCAAGUUAGUUCCUGAAUAUCUCCUGAAAAAGAGGAAGACAUAUCAGGCCAUUAAAGCCACACAAGCCAAACUUGCACUGCUUGAGAAGAGAAAGGUAUCAAGAGGUAAACCGUUGAAGUUCAAGCGGUUGGAAGACUUUUUGAAAGACAGCCACAAGAGGCAUCGUGAUGAUUCUCGCAUCCGGAGAGCUGAGCACAGGCCACCAGCCCCUCUGCCUCCCGCUAAGAACAGACUGGCCUUCGCUAUCCGCAUCAGAGAAAUUAAAGGUGCCAGUCCUAAAGUGAUGAAGGUGGUCCAGAUGUUGAGGCUGAGGAAGAUCUUCAGCGGAGCCUUCGUCAAAGUCAACAAGACAUCUGCAGCCAUGAUGAAGAUUUUAGAGCCCUAUGUGGCCUGGGGAUUUCCCAACUUGAAGUCUGUCCGUGAGCUCAUUCUGAAGAGAGGGCAGACCAGGAUAGGCAGGAAGAGAGUUCCUCUCACAGACAACACCUUCAUUGAACAACACAUGGGUAAACAAGGCAUCAUCUGUUUGGAGGACCUGAUUCAUGAGAUCUACUCAGUUGGUAAGGGCUUCCGGGCUUCCAACAACUUCCUGUUGCCGUUCAAGCUCUCAGUGGCUCGUCACGCUGCCAGAGAUAAGGCUGGGCUCCUGAAGGACCUGGGAAACCCUGGAUUCCGUGGUACAGACAUUAACUCUAUUAUCAGGCAACUGAACUGAGAAGGCACGGAGACACUCAGCGACAACUCCAAGGAUGCUUUAUGUCAUGAGGAGCAGAUGCCAAUGAUUACAAAAUAUUUAUUUUUGGGUUUUUUGGCAGAGAAGCUUUUGGGUUUCACCUAGAGUAAUGCCUAAUAUACAUUUACAUGUACACCCAUUGUGUGGUUACAUUUAAACCACACUGGGAGACAUCAGAAGGACCCAAAUGGGAGUCUUUGCAUUACAUUAUGCUUGAAAUAUAACAUGUAGUGCCCCGAACCCUCAACUGAUGGAAGCAGUUGUGCUCUUUGGUGAAAAUGUAACCAUUUUUUUUUAAACUUGGGAAGUGUAAGAUAUCUAUUAAAGGGUGUUUGGUUGCUAAACGUUGUUCCUCGUGGUGUCAGUGGAAUGGAUCAGUACUUGCUACAUAUGCAAGGUCAGUUAUUAAAUAAUCGGGAUGGGCAAUCCUGCUUGCUAGAACCAGCAGGCUUCCGAUAAAUACACUUUUGCUGCAUUCAUAGUUUUCAAUGUGAAAAAAGUCUUAAACUUCUGUUAACACUGAUUCGUUGACUUGUGUUUUUCUGUUAAUGCACAUUUUUUAAAUAAAGCCUAAAAUUAUUA